UGCUGGUUCAUUUACGGCAUCCCAACUGCUCAAUUGUCAUGAGUGGAGGGGUCUUGAAUCCAGGUAUCGGGUUCGCUUCCGGAGGAGGUGAGCGCGACGCGAGCAACUAGCUAAGAACCCUAGCGAUGGUGGGGGAGGCCCUUGCGGUUUUACGAGGGUUUUGAUCGCCAUGGCUCUCGGGAAGCUCACUAUAGUCAUUGGCGCAGGUAUAAUUGGGACUGUUCUCUCAAAGGAUGGGCAAUUAUCUGAUGUUACAAAAUUCUUUUCUGGUGCUUUCAAGAUUGUGACAAGACACUUGAAACAAGACAACUCUCAGUCGACAAGUAAACCACAAACUGAUUCUCUAUUAGCUCAGGUCAAUACUCUUAGAGAGGAGUUGCAAAUCUUGGCUUCCUCAAGAUCAGUUACGAUCAUUACUGGUGGAGGACCAGGUUCUGCAAGAUUUGGUGUUACAACUGUCAUUGUUGUUGGAGCUCUUGGAUUUGUCUUCAUAUGGUGGAAGGGAUGGAAACUUUCAGAUUUGAUGUUUGUUACUCGGCGUGGCUUCUCGGAUACUUGCAAUCGCAUUGGCAGACAGUUAGAUCUUGUUUCAUCAUCUGUUUCGGCUGCUAGGCGACAUUUAUCUUCGAAGAUUGACCAUGUAGAUAGUAACUUGGAGGAGUGCAAGGAGCUUGCCACGGCAACCAAGUUGGAGGUGUCGGAGCUAAAUGGGGACUUAAGUUUGGUUUGUUCUGAUAUAGAAUCUGUCCAGUGUGCUGUUGAGACUCUGAGGUCAAAGCUUGAUCGGAUUGAAGGAACUCAGGACUCGACAUUGAGAGGAGUCUAUGAUCUUUGCCAGUUUGUUGGGAAAUUAGAGCAAGGAAGGAAUAAAGAACAUAUUCAGGACUCACCGCAGCGAACAAUUGAAUUUCCACAAAUAACUGCUGUCACGGCACUCUCUUUAACACCAUUGUCCACAGAAUCAGUGUCAUUAUCAGAAUCACCAUUACUGUCUAUUCCAUCUACUCCUCAUGGGAAUCCCAGGGUUCUGCAUUCAUCAGCAGUUGUAUCCACUUCAGGACUAAAGGAUUUGCAGGGCUUUUCAAACACUACUAAACAGGGAAAUUCUAAGGUAACUAUUUCUCCAGGAAACACAUCUAAAGUUUCAAAUGGAACUACUACUGAACAAUGCAACAGUAGUGCACCGCCAAGUUCUUCUCGAUCCUUGUGGAAGUUCCCAAGCAUCAAUAUUCUUUCAAGAAACCGAAACGCUAUCAGCUAGCGUUUAAUUACUUAUUUGGUUUCCUGAAUACCACUGCAAAUUUCUUGAUAUAAAGAUUUAAAUAGGAUAAGCGUAAAUAUACCAUCAUCUUAAACUGGUCGCUACAUUUUUGUAGACGUAUAGAUUUAUUGCAAGCAGUUGAUUUGUUCCAAUUGCAAUCCGCUUGGAACCUUCAACUUGAGGGAAGUGAUUUGUUCCAAUUGCAAUCCGCUUGGAACCUUCAACUUGAGGGAAGUACUACAAUGUUUCUUAACAAUCUCCAAUGUGGAUGCCAUAUGAAGCAAUUGCUGUUUAAUUGCAUUUAAAAAAAAACAUAAUGCA